GGUCUGAACAAUGAUGGCAGAUCAUACAUCACAGAUCAAAUCACCUGUAGACAAUAAGUAUAAUUCAGACAUGGAUAAUCCGGACAAUAUGUAUGGUUUCUUUGUGAUGAUUUCUUUCUUCUUAAAUCUUCACUAGAGAUAACAAUAAAGAUGGUACAAUACGAAGUCUUGAAGAAAAACUCAAAUUGUUAGAUGAAGAAAAGUUAGAUCUUGAAAAUCAAAUUUAUGCAGCUGAGAAAAAAUAUCAUGAACAAUUGGAUUCUUAUUUAGCGCGUUAUAUUAAUGCGGACUUCAGUUUAGCUCAAAUGGAAUAUAUAUUGGUCUAAAGGAAUAGUUCACUUGUUCUCAUUGAGUAAAAUAUAGAUCAGUAAUAACUAUUGAAGUUUCAACAAUUAGAUUCUGGAUUUAAAUCGUAUUCUCACUUGGUUCAAUAUAGACUGUCAACAAUAUCAUGAGGUCUCAUGCAAUUGAAGUGGUGAGACGUUGAGCACCCAGUCUAUUUUAACUUACUGAGUUACUAUUUAGAUAUACAGUGUUUUGUUUUUAAAUGUAAACUUUUAAUUUGGUUGUAGAGUUACAAACAUCUGAUAUUACGGUUUAGCUGGAUAUAUUACUGUCCUCUUGUUCAUUUAUCUUCUUUCGACUUAGACUUUAAGCUAUAUUUAACUAGUGAUUUAACGUGGCUACUCAAACCUAGUGAAUCGGAUCAACUACAUACAUUCGAUACCCAAUGACUACAAUUUGGACACUCUUAGCCUUUAGAUUAUAGCUUAUAUUAUAAGUAAAAAUCUCAUGGUUGUUUCAGGUUAAAGUCUCAUCCACUUUUUUAAAGUCAGUUAAUUGUUCCUGACAAACAUCAUUCCGAACAGUGUCACUCACGAAAAAUGUUAAAAAAACAGUGAAUAAGGAUUGCCAUCAUAUUAUUAGACCAAAACGUUGAAAUGCGCUCAUAAACAGAUAUGUUGAGCGUAUCGUUAAAACAGUCAUGUCAUUUGCUACACUAUGCUGUUCGUAAAAAUGACUUACUGAAACUCAAACUACUUAUAAUUGGCAAGUAGUACGAUUAACACAAAACAAAUACAAGUAUAAAGAAAAUAAAGUUUAGAGAAUCAUAAACAGGUUUAUAAAGUUUUUACAUCAUCUAGUGUAUGUUUUUUUGAUUUUAUUAUUCAAUAAAAAUGCAAAUAAUAACAUAACUGUUUAAUACUAUUUACAUUUUAAAAUAUAAAGCCUGCUAAAAGAGCGAAAUUUAGUAAAGUACAUGCAUCAACAACAUCUGGUUAUUCAUCAAAUUCUAUUGGUAUUGAUGCUAGUUCAUUAAUUACAUUGAAACAUUUCUUUGAACCUUCAAUGAAUCUUGUUUAUAAAAAAUUACAUGAAAUAACAAAAGAAGCACAAAAUAAAUAUAGACAAAGUAAUGAUGAUAUGUUAGCAUGGAGAUUUUCACCAGAAAGUACAAUAGGGAAAUCAUUAAUGUCACGUAUUCGACAAUUGUUAAACGCUAAUGAAGAACUAGGUCGAGUCAAUCAAACUGAUCGUGUAGCUAGAUUAGAAUCAGAAGCUGAAUUACAAACAACAUGUAUGAAAGAAUUUAUCAAAACCAAUGAAGACAUUGAAGGUGUACUAGAAGAAGCCUAUACAGAUUUAGAAGGUCUUCAAAGUAGUUUGUUAAUCUUGCAACAACAAAUAAAUCAAACUGAAUCAGUUGUUGAAACUUUACAGAAUGAACUAGAAUCACGUCAACCUGGUAUAGUCGCUGAACUGAUGACUGCAAUGCUAUCAAAGUUAGGUAGCGAAACAGAAACCGAAGUUGGUAAUGAUGAUGUUGAUAAUGAUAAUUGUAAAUCAACACCUGAUACACAUAAUAAUCAAUCUGAACAGGAUGAUAUGCAAAGUAACACUGAUAAUGUCAAAUUAAAUGAAACAUGUAAAGAGGAAAAGUAAACUCUAUAAACUUUAUUUUGUAUGUAAAUACGUAUAAUGACUACUGUUUUUUGUACAGACAGAUAUUCUUCAUCUUUCAUAUUACACAUAUUUAUUUUAUAAAGAAGA